UUAAAAGCUCCUCACAUUCUCCUGUCUGCCGUGCAGAACGCAGUCCCACACAGCACCGCAGUUCCCCCCAUUCAUUCACACAUUUUUUAAUAACAAGCCUUCUCAUCCCGCCAUGUCGGCCGCCAGCACCGAGACCAGUGCCCCUCUGCCCACCGCGGGCAGCCGCGUCUUCUUCCAAGCUGCUCCCGGAGUGGGCUGCGUGGGGUCCGGCCCCAUCACCGGGGACGACCCGGUCCAGAAGAAACAGGGCAAAGUGACGGUCAAGUACGACAGGAAAGAGCUGCGGAAAAGACUCGUCCUGGAGGAGUGGAUCAUUGAGCAGCUCAGCGAAUUGUAUGACUGUGAGGAGGAGGAGAUGCCGGAGGUAGAGAUAGACAUUGAUGACUUGUUGGAGGUCAACAGUGAUGAUGAGAGAGCCAGCAAACUGCAGGAAUCAUUAAUAGACUGCUACAAACCAACAGAGGAAUUUGUCCGCGAGUUGCUGGUCAGAAUAAGGGGAAUGAGAAAACUCAGUGCUCCAAGCAAGAAGGGCCUAUAAUGGCUUUAAUAUCAACCAUCAAUCAGCCAUAAACUACAACAUCUCAGCUCCACCUACUUUACUCACUCAACAUGGACUGUCAUCACACAGAAUAAUUUAUCAAAACAUUAGUACCUUGCAACCUGCAAACAUUCAUUAUGAAUCCAUAAAUUAGUACUAGUCAUUCAUCACACAAUCACACAAAAUAACAAGCUGUAUCAUAAUAUUUGACUGUUGAACGGUACGUAAGUUAAACAGAGCCAGUACAUUUAAAAUAGCCACAGGAAAAUGUUAAGCCCUGGACUGCAACUGUGCUUUAAUAAGAAUAUACCCACCUAAUUCCACAUUUCAGAGACAUGCUCAAACGUUUAAUGCCAACCCUGCAAGAAAAACAGCCAUACAGACUAAAACACUGACAGAUCUAAGAAGAGGUGGUGGGAAAAAAAGUAAGUUGGAAUAGGUGUGAAAUUAGCUGUAGCACUAUAUUAACACAGUGCUUCAUUUUUUAAAUUUUUUUUUUUAUACUGAGGUGUACUGCUGUUACGUCAUUUUAAAACAAAUGUACUGUAUGUUGCCAUUUAUUGUUCAUGUUAAUCAAAUGUGGUACUGAAACAGUUUUUUCUUUUGUCAACCUCAUUAUUAUUACCCAAUCAAUGGUUUCACUUCUGAGGGAGCUCUGCAGUUUUGUUUUGUGUUUAUUGAACAGCAUAGAGCAUUAAUACAUCUGUUCUGUCCUUUAUUGAUGUGUAAACCCAGAAAAUAGUGGGGGACAUUUGUGCAAUCUAGGCUAAAUACUGUCAAGAUUUUUUCUUGUAACCCACUGUUCUGGUAUAUUUGUCACCAAAGCGGCAUGAUGGGUGUUGCAGUUCUCUGGAUGAGACUACAAAAACCUGUAUGAUUGGCAGCCUUUCACUGAUCAUGUUAUGGUGUUCUCCAUGCUCCCUCAACUGAGGACAUAUCAGCUGGCCAUUUAGGUUUGAGCAAAAAGCUCCAAAAUUGUGGUUUCUCAGCUUCAUUUAGCUUUGCCAAGAGAUCUUUAAAUAGUGGUUGAUGUUGCCUUUAAGAACAUUAAGGAACAAUUCACGUUUUUUUCUCAGCACAGAACCUUAGCUACUGAUAGCCUAAGUGCAGUUGUGGUUGAGUCACAACUUGGGGGCAACUUAAACAUUGACUACAACUUGUCAAGUCCUGUGACUGAAGGUGUGCCAAAACUGGGAUUAUUACAAUCCAAACAUCAUACAUCAUGAGGAAUAAUUCUGAUACAGCAUUUUUAAAAGAGAUUGUUUAAGUUUGUGUAAUGAUUUUGGGUGGGUGCAAAAUUUUAAGAUGUCUGAAGCUUUUCCAGGUUGCAGAAAAAUAUGAUGAAACUACAUAAUCCUUGGUUUAAAAGAGUAGAUUUAGUUAUUUAUUGUUAUGAACCUUCUCUGCACCAACACACUGAAAAACCUGUAAGCUCUGGUACAAUCUUACCUCUGUUAUAGGGUUGGGCCCAGUUUAAUUUCCGAGCAGUUACCUGUGAACCAACUGCAACAGGACAAACGUAAACCUGCAGUGUGAUGCAUCCCCUCAGCUGCCAAAGACAAAAGCAGGGCAAUGUUUGAUUGCAACAUAACACUUGCAAAGCACCCAUCUUGCAUGUAUGUUAACAAGAGUGAAGAAGAAUAGUGAAGAAUAGUAAUAAAGAGUAUAUUAUAACCUUAUAAUCCAAACAAAAAAAAAAAAAAAAAAAAAAAAAGUUUUUUUUUUUUUUUUAUUCCUUUUAUGACUCGGCUACGGUGUACGACUUUGUAGACCUUUUUCUUUUAAGACAACGUGAGUGUCACGUUGAAGAGAAUCCAGGAAAUUUUUAAAAUGGUGCUGUUUUUGAUGUUCUUCCCAGAGUUUUGGUUGAAUAAAAAGGCGUUAUCACUGUUGGCUGAUGAUGAUAGAGAAAUGUGUCUGUCUAAAGUGGCAUCCUCCUUGUAUGUCUUUUUCUCAGUAUGAUCAGGCCUGGUUAGGGGGGUCACCUCAAUACAUAAGCAAUGGUUAACUUUUUAAAAAGAUCAAAAGAUCUUAUGUGGUACCGCUCUAAAGUAGAAGGAAAAGUUAAAGAUUACUGGAAAAUGACAUGUGAUUGGGAUUCAUGUAAGGUACUACAUGGAAUUUCCUCUUCAGGGGCAAGAGGCAGAUAUUUUAUAAUUUUUGGAAUUUCAUGUGGUGAGUCUUUUGAAAGUGACUAGAAAGCUUUAGUUUGCAUGAUUUUUUAAAGUAGCAUGUUGAGGGGAACACUUUCUUGGCCUACAGGUUUUUAUUUCACAAACUAAAACCUUUUUCUUUUUUAUACAUUUAUUAUUAUUGUUAUUGCUAUUAUCAUUAUUAUUAGGACUGAAUUAUUCAGUUUUUCAGCUGAAGUUUUGUUUCUGUACAUCCACAAUGAACAUUCUAGUUUCUGAAAUGUAAUGUGGUGUGUGGUUUGUUUUUGCGGAAAAUAAAAAUGCAGAAUGACUCUGUACUGUUCAAAGA